AAAAUCCAUAAACCGGAAGCAGCCGUUAGCCUCACCGUGACAGCGCGCGCUGUGUCGGUGCACGGAGAGCUGAGCCUGGAUGGAGGCGACGAGCGCAUGAAACACCGUCAGUAGAAGUAGAAAGAAGAACAUCAACACCAACCUCGGCCAUGUCCGGCCUCCUCCUCCUCCUCCUCCUCUUCCUCGGCUCCGGGGCGGCAGAGCUGGCGGCUCCACAGAACGUCACCAUGGUGACCCUGAACACAAAUUACAUGCUGAGCUGGGACUGGGACCGGAGCGCCGCGGGGAGUCACGGCGUCACCUUCACCACACAAUACGUCGGGAAGUUCAAGCUGAGGUACAAGAGUCCGAAAUGGUCCAUGGUGUGUGAAAACACGCCGCAAACAUCAUGUGACCUCACAGACCUGAACCUGCACUACCUGGGCAUCUACGUGUUCCGCGUACGAGCCAGCGCAGACGGACGCCAUUCGGACUGGGUGCUGAAGGAAUUCUGCCCCGAUAAAGAUGCUGCCGUGGGUCCUCCAAGUAAAGUGGAGCUUUCUGUUGCUGAAGGUUUCUUGGAGAUUUCCAUCUCUGACCCUCUGACCAACACCAACACCUCCAUGAAGGACAAACUUCGUGAACUGUACUACCACAUCGUCUACUGGGAAGGCUCUCCAGGCAUACAGGCUUCAGCCCAGACACUCGACAGCAAGAAGACUCUGGUGACUCUGUCAAACCUGAAGUCCUGGACUUGGUACUGUGUGAUGGUCCAGUCUCGCUCCGACUUCUACAACAAGACCAGCAGCUUCACGUCACCGCAGUGCAUGCAGACGACAGGUGCUGUUCAGUGGUGGCAGAUCUUUUUGUACUUCAUGGGCUCUCUGCUGCUCUGCUUCACCUUCGUGCUGCUCGCACUCUUGUGCUUCUUCGGGCUCUACAAGACCGUCAAGAAAAACUUUUUCCCCCAGAUGCCGCCACAAUUCAAGGAGUAUUUUUGCGACUCUCCCAGCUCUGACAUCCCUCGCCUCCUCAACACGGAUUCAGAAUCGGAGCUCUUGUGUGAUAAGGUGAUCAUCUGUCCAGCGCCGGUCCUGGAAAUCCACAACCCGCCCCUGGAGGUCCUGCAGGCGUCCAUGUCCAGCCUGGAGCCAGACAGCAGCGGCAGACACAGCCGCCAGGACAGCAGCUGCAGCGGAGACUCUGGUGUUUACUCCGCAGGGGGCAGCUCUGGCCUGCAGCAGCCCAACAGCGCUCAGUCCUCCACGGGGAUCGAAGCCUCCUGGCGGGACCCCUUCGACAUGGAUCAUGUAAAGAUGAAAGACAUGGCUCCAGGGCUCAAGAGUCAGCUUCUGAUGGCAGACGAGAGCAUUGUAGACGUGUGUGUCUGAACGCACGCACGCCAAAAGACGUUACGUCACAUGUGCAGCGUGCCUUUCCUCCAGCUGGCCAGGAAAAAAAAAACACUGUAUGACGUGACGGACACACAAGGAACUGAUCUGCCCUGAAGACCAACCACUUCACUGUUGACGCAUCACUUUUUUUAUAGCUGCAGAUCCUUACGCCUUGCUAUCAACAUUCCGUAGAGAGUGUUUAUAUGUGCUGAACAUAACCGCUCCGUCUCUUCAUUCACUUUGUAUGUUGCUCAACCAACCGCUGCCUCUGUAACUGCCAAAGGAAGCUUCGCGGUGUCACUAUUUCGCAGCGUAGACUGCACCCGACGUCAACGCAGGCGCCGAUGUCGGGUACACGGAAUAAACCAAGCGAGGACGCAACUGGGAGAGAAUUGGAGUUCAGAUUCAGUCAACGACGUUGUUUCUCUAAAAGUUCUAAGAAAUCUAGGAAUUCUUCGUCAGAAACUGUUUGGAAAAGUAUCACAGGUUAGGGUUAGCCAAUCACCUCAACUGACGACAAGUUCUGGUUCUGGACGAUCUGGUUCAACAUAAUACAGUGCUGCCCAUAAGUUUACAUACCCCGACACAAUGGUUUUUUUCUUCAGAGAAAAUGAAUGAUAACACAAAAUGUUUUCUUUCACUCUUGGAUAGUGGUUGGCCAAAGCCAUGUAUUGUGAAACAUCUGUGUUUACUCUUUUUAAAGCACAAUGACAACAGAAACCUGAUCAAAAGUUUACAUACCCUUAGAAUUUGGCCUGAUAACCUUGAAACAAUUAGGGUUGAAUGGCUAUUAAAGGUAACUAUCUUCACGUGUGAUCUGUUAGCUUGUAAUUUAGUGAGUGUGUAUAAAAGUCAGUGAGUUGCUGGACUCCUGAGAAACUCUUGUGUCCCUCACGUGGUGCUGUUCUGAUGUCUUGGAUGCAGAAUCAUCAAAUCAAUCAAACCACGGUCUGGUAGACCAAGCAAAGUUUCCCCCACAACUGCAAGGAAAAUUGUUCGGGAUGCGAAGAAAAAGCCUCAAAUAACAUCAGGUGAAAUUCGACUCUCCCUCAAAGAAUGUCAUGUGGACGUCUCAAGCAGUACUGCAAGGGGGAAAUACACCGUAUUAGGACUGGGGUAUGUAAACUUUUGAUCAGGGUAAUUUGGGUCAUUUCUGUUGUUGUUUUGGUUUAAAUUGAGUUCUCACAUUUGUGUCACAGUAAAUGGCUUCAGCUGUUCACUAACCACGCGUGGGAAAAAGGGUUUUUGUGUCAUCAUUCAUUUUCUAUUACAAAUGGGCAAGAAACUAUGAAUCCUGUAAGGGUAUGUAAACUUAUGAGCAGCACUGUAUAUGUGUCCACAUCUGGAAAAACCUCUUUCUUUGGACCUUGUCCUUUGUAUCUCUGUUCAGCAUUUAUUCCCAAUAUAUCUGUUUCUACCAGAUGUGACCAGAUAAUGUAGCUAAACUGUUACUGGAGAGGAAGAGGGGAAAGAUAAUUUCCCUUUAAGAAGUUCCUUCAGCAUCGAUCUUUGCUCGACUUCUCUCCAGUUCUGAUCGAGUUGCCUGGAGUUCCUCACAGGUUCGGACAAGCAUUGUAGAUUCUCGCGUGAUCUUGUACGUCCAGCUUAGCGCGGCAAUGCAUGGUUCAGUGCGAUCGGCUUUUAACUCCGACAGGCCGCUGUAGUCUGAGCGUUUCAUUAACUGUCAUGUCGCUUUAACACGUUCCGCAGCUUACAGGUGCCGUUAACUAACACUGAGCAGACUUGAGCAGUGGACAAAGAGAAGAGUUCCCUGAUUCGGCGCAGUGCUGGACAUUGCUAGUUCAGGUUUAAGAUGUACCGAUCAUUCGAUCAGUCGUCUCAUUCUUUGAGUGUCUGUGUUUCUGUCGGCCUCUACUAUGAAAGCAAAGUUUUGUCUGUCAUGAAGCUUGUGUGUACCUCCUUUAUGAUUCUUAUAGAAUCUUGCUGCCAUUUUUUUAUUUUUUUUUUAUUUGCUCGAUUGUGACAUUUUAUUUGUAUCAAAGAUAAUUUUUCAUUGGACCUGUUCGUCUUUCAUGUUUUGUUUUUCCUUUAUUGUACUGUAUGAUCACAUUAGCCUCACAUGUGUAUCUAAAUAACUGGUUCCCGACCCCGCCUAAGCAUCGCCAAAGCUUCGAGGGGUGCAAGAAAACUUAGGAAGAAGAAGGAAAAAGAUGCAGCAGGGUUGUCUCUGCGCUGGGGACUUGUACAGUUUAUUAAACUCCGACUCAUCUGCUUCGAAUCUGCAGCGCCGCGAUGUACGGGCGACAUUUUGAGGCAGCAAAUGUUGAAAAAAAUUUACUUGCAGCAGGAUGUCCGUGAUUUAAAACUUAUUGAGAUAACAUGUUGAGUCAACAUGUUGCCUCAAUCAGUGUCCGCUGCAAUGUCUGUUGAAACUGUACAUACACAACACAAUGUAAAGCAGUGUACCGGUGACGUGAGUGUGUGCACUAAGCAGUGGUGAUAUCGAUGUACGUCUCUGGUCUCACAUCCAACAAUCGCAUCAUGUUAAUGGACAAUCAUAAAAAUGAAAUAAAAAUCAGCUCUUGCAUCAAA